CUAACGUCUCUCACAUCCCCGGACUCGAGCCGGUGUUCCGCCGUUUCCGACCUUUCCCUGUCCGGCCGAUGGACCGCACGGAAAUCAGUGUCGCUGACAACCGGAAGCCCCGACUCUUGUACGAUACGUAUUCACUGCUGCGAAGUCGGCAGGAGCUGUUCUGCGAGGACUCUUCCAGGUGUUGACAAUCACGAGUGUCCUGAUCCGUGUCCGCAAAAAAAAAAAAACUCUUAGUGCUCUUGUGCUGCUGUACAUCUACAAAAAAUUGACAACUCGCGAAAAGAAUGACGUCCGUAAAUAAAUAGUUCUGACGAAGGAUUCUAUUUAAAUGCGCUCCGGUUGCAUCGCUCUAUUUAAGAAGCAAGUUUUUUCUCUUUUAAAGAAACUUUAAACGAAUAUAAUCUGCGAUUAUAUAAAUCGUUAUUCUUAAAGACUUUUAAAUAGAAACAAACAGGGGAGUGACAAGACUGCCGAGUCUCUGAAGAAAUUUGGAAAUAGAAGAGUUCGAAAAAAAGGUGUAUGUUUGUUUACGUUGAAAAAAGACUACGCAAGGAAUAUACGGACGUGGUGAACGAGGAUGCGAAUAUCGUGUUUAGUGACGCGAAAGUUGUAAAUUGACUAGUGGAUUCCAGGAUGAUGGAAGUACAGCAACAACACUCACCUGUCGGGGUGGGUCCGUUAGACUUUUCAAGACGGGGGGUUGCCGAGACGUCAGCGUUUCGGGUUGUCAAACCUAAGCAACCGGCUUCGUCGCUCGUGCAUCAGCAGCCGUUGCCGCCGGAAACCAAUAACAACGAAAAUCUUCAAGAAAAUCCACAAAUUCCCAUUGAUGCCGAAGGUGGAUGCAAUGUUCGUUUAAUGUUCCCGAAAUUAUGGGCACCUUUUGGAAAUCCCACGGAGGUUACGAACCUGCCACCUUUACCGAAAAGUCACUCAGAACGACUAUCCUUCGGAGUGGGCCGUUUGGUAGGUUCGCCGACGACGAGGAGUCCCUCGCCGUCGCAAUCUCCCUGUCCAGAUUCCCCUCUCCCCGAUCGCCGAGACGCCGAAGUGGACGUUGACGUCGGCGAGGAGGAAGUUGACGUGGACGUCGAAGAAGUUGGUGACGAGGAUGAUCACGAAGGUACCUCGAGUCCGCCGCGAUCGUCGUCGACGCCGUCGCCGUCGCCGGUCAGCGUCGCGACGUCCCCUGUGUCGCAUCCGCCGAAGAAAUCCGGAGACAGCUUCAGCGUGUCGGCUCUUCUAAGGCCAGAUCCACCUUCCGCUCAUCUGCAAAACGCGUCUCCACAUCGAGAGACUGCCUCGAUGGGCGCUCAUCCGCCUCCAUCCGGCUCGUCCAUCCUAUCCUAUCCGCCGCUGCAUCUUCCGAGUGGUCUUCUGCCGCCCCACCCGCACCACCCCCUCUCGUACCUGCAUCACCAGCUGUUGCCACAUCAUCUUCUGUCACCGCACCUGCACCCGUUACUGCGCGGCGUUCAUCCGGGUCAUCCGGGAUUGCACUCGACUCACACGGCGCACGGGUUGCAUCAUCCCCAUCCGCUUGGCGAUGUCUACAGCUGCGUCAAGUGCGACAAGAUGUUCAGCACGCCGCAUGGGCUCGAGGUGCACGCGAGACGGUCGCAUAACGGUAAACGGCCCUUCGCCUGCGAGCUGUGCAAUAAAACCUUCGGCCACGAAAUCAGUCUCACGCAGCACAGGGCCGUGCAUUCCGCCGAGAAGGUGUUUGAGUGCAAGCAAUGCGGCAAAGCCUUCAAGAGAUCCAGCACGCUCAGCACUCACCUUCUAAUCCACUCGGACACGAGACCGUAUCCCUGCCAGUUCUGUGGCAAGCGAUUCCACCAGAAGAGCGACAUGAAAAAGCACACCUACAUACACACCGGCGAGAAACCUCACAAGUGUCAAGUGUGCGGCAAGGCGUUCUCGCAAAGCAGCAACCUGAUCACGCAUUCGAGGAAGCACACGGGUUUCAAGCCGUUUGCCUGCGAGCUCUGCGGCCGAGCUUUUCAGCGGAAGGUCGAUCUGAGGAGGCAUCGCGAGACCCAACACGCCGAUCUCAACACGUCGCAUCGACCGCCGAUUGGUUCGAUUCCCGGCCAGAAUUCUCUGCCCAGUGGAAAUCCGCCGAUGAUACAGUGAAACGAAGCAGCGACUGAUAAUACGCAAUUGCCGGGACGACGCAUAACUGCAAUUGGCAAUCGUUGCAAUUAGCGGCACGUUUCCGCGAAUCAGGGAGUCCGAUCAGAUUGAGAACGUGACUGCUGCGAGAAGUGGAAUUGUUAUUGACGAUCCACCAUGACCGUCGAUGAUGGUGGAAACACGCGACGAGAGAACGUUUAAAUUGAUAUCACGGACGAAAUAAUCAACGAGACGAUUGCAGAUUAGCGAAUUAUUAUGGUGGGUUAAUGACUGGAGAAUAUCAACUUUUUGCAUUUCGUAUUGUUUCCUAUAUAUACAUAUUCUUUAUUCAAUAUAUUUUCUUAUUAAAUAUAGACAAUUAGCUUUACAUCUAGGCGACGUACAUUUGUAUGUAAUAUAUAAAUUUGCAAUUGUAAUUUAAAAUAUCAACGUAAAAAAAAAGAACUGCGCUAAUGUGCACUAAUUAGGAGAAACAAUUAAUCUGAGAUAAAAAAAGUAUUGUGUUACCUCACAAAUUAUCAACAGUUCAAAACGUUAAUAUCAUCCAUUUGUGAGUAACGCUAAUUGUAAAACAAAAAUUCCCAGUGUACGUAAAUUUGAAAUUCAAUCGGAGCGCGCGGUGUAAUUCGAGAUUGAGUUUUCUUUUGGAACAAGAUGGAGAUUAUUUGAAAGAGAAAAACUUUGAAGAGAAUUUUUAUCGUGAGUUUUUUGUUUUUUUUU